AUGUUUGAAAAAUUUUACUGGUUAAUCCUUUGUGUUCUAAGUAUACAUAAAGAACAAAAGUGCAUCCUCAAUACUCGAUACGAUUUCACUGAACCCCUGCCAAUUAUUUUAAGAUAUGGUAGACUGUUAGAGCCUGAUGAUGGCGAAGGAAACGUAGAAUUAAAUAAUGGAGACGUGCUUACUCUAAGCUGUGAAGGAUCUGGUGGCAUUUUACAUCCCAGGGCCACACAGCAACUCUCAACUGCUUCUAUCAAAUGUGUUUCUGGAAAGGAUUUUAGAAACGAUGACUGGCUUCUACCCUCUGGAACAUUUUCAUACUUCAACUGUCCAUAUCCACCAAAUUACGUCAGUGUACUAACCAAUAGAACAUGCUUUGAAGGAAAUCGUAUUAUCGAAGUCGGUUACACAGUCGAAAAUACUUUUUACCCAGUUUUUGAAUCUUGUUUUGAUUCUAAUAAUCUUAACGCGAUAUAUUCCAAGUAUACACAAAAACCUUACAAUGCCCUAUAUCAAACAAAAGUAAUACGGCCUUUCUUUGUAGAUGAUGGCAAUUAUGGUACAGUGAACGUAAAUUUUUUGUAUUCUCCAAGAGGGCUCAAGGCUGCUAUUGCUCAGUUAGUCGGAAACCGGAUAGAUUCUUAUGUUACCGGAACCCAAAGCCUUUCAAGAGGACAUUUAGCUGCUAAAACUGACUUUGUAUUCGCUUUUGGUGAACGAGCGACAUUUCACUAUGUUAAUUGCGCACCACAAUGGACAGGUUUUAAUGGAGGUAACUGGAAUACGUUAGAAGUUGAUCUUAGGAACCAUAUCCAUUCUGCAGGCUACGAUACAAUUAUUUACACUGGCACCUACGGAGUAACGCAAUUAGAGAAUCAAGCGAGUCAGAGAGUGGAUUUGUACCUAGAUACUGAUAUAAAUAAUAAUCCCAUAAUACCAGUACCACAAUAUUAUUAUAAAGUCGUCUAUGAACCUAGCACUCAGCGUGGCAUUGCCUUUGUAGGAAUCAACAAUCCAUAUUACACAGCAUCAGAAGCUCGCGAGUUGUUCUUCUGCAAAGACGUUUGUAGGGGAAAUAAUAUGUAUGCCAGAUGGCUGUCAUGGCAUCCAGAUAACCCCAAUGAAGGCUAUAGUUUUUGUUGUAGCGUACCUGAUUUUAGAAAUACUAUCAAGCAUUUACCUCAUUUUGAAAUCAAAGAUUUACUCACA